CGUAGUUGUUCCAUUCGAAGGCGACGGCGGUCGUCUGUUUCGGCUUCUUAUCAUCGAGAAAAUAAAUAACUGUAAUUAAGUCGUUAUUUGACACACUUUCAACGUCCGAAAUUGUACCACUGAUCCUAAUCGUGAUUCUUGAAGUGGCUGGAAUGACGGAAUUUAUGAAGAAUUUGAAUUAGCUUGCUGCUAGUUUGAAGAAAGAGUGAGUCGGUAGGCUAGAGAGGGGAGCCAUUUUGUCCCGACUGAGGGAGAAAGAAAGAGUGGAAAGUGGAAUCACACGGAAGGAUACCUUAUUUUAGCUUUAUUUUCACAUUCUGUGAGAGUAACAGUCCCGUUUGGACAUUACAUUAUUGUUGAAUACGGUUCUGAUACGCUAUCCAGCAGUAUUAACUCUAACUAGACACCUAGAUAUCAACAUAGGUAGCUAACGCUAUCCAAGAAGCAGAGAUUUCCAGUGCAGUCCGUGUGGUUGGAUAAGAGGCUGGCUAGACUUCUACGAUAGAUAGUUCUUUUUCUUAUUUUCCGGUAAACACAACUUGUUAUUCAAUGGCGAAGAAGACGUACGAUUUGCUGUUCAAGCUGCUUCUGAUCGGAGACUCGGGCGUGGGGAAGACGUGCGUGCUGUUCCGCUUCUCUGACGACGCAUUCAACACAACCUUCAUCUCCACCAUAGGAAUAGACUUCAAGAUUAAAACUGUUGAAUUACAGGGAAAGAAGAUCAAACUACAGAUAUGGGACACAGCCGGCCAGGAGAGGUUCCACACCAUCACCACCUCCUACUACAGAGGAGCCAUGGGCAUCAUGCUGGUCUACGACAUCUCAAACGCCAAGAGCUUUGAGAACAUCAGCAAGUGGCUCCGCAACAUCGAUGAGCACGCAAACGAGGAUGUUGAGAGGAUGUUGCUAGGAAACAAGUGUGACAUGGAAGACAAGAGGAUAGUACCUAAGGCCAAGGGGGAGCAGAUUGCGAGGGAGCAUGGCAUUAGGUUUUUUGAGACGAGUGCGAAGGCCAACAUCAACAUCGAGAAGGCUUUCCUCACGUUAGCGGAAGACAUCCUCAGAAAGACGCCGGUAAAGGAGCCGAACAGUGAGAAUGUGGACAUCAGCAGUGGGGGUGGAGUCACAGGCUGGAAGAGCAAGUGUUGCAGUUGAACAACGGACCCCCACACCUCUCUGUCUCUCUCUCUCACGUCUCACACACACACACACACUCACUAACACAA